AUGGAAAGCCCCGUGAGCCCAAAUAACCCCGCGUCGUUCAGCCCUGUACCCCAGUCAAGCCCGCAAAUUGGUGCUCCAAGUGAAGUCACGGUGCCAGCCCCUGCUAGCAAGCCGCUGUCAGUUAAGGAUUCUCAAGCACAGAAUGCAGAAACAGAAGAACCGGUUGCGGCGUCUGAUUCUGAUCUACGGAAAAAAGUCCUAUUAGCCGUGCACGUACUGGAAGAUGAAGUCAAAGAGCUACACAGCUUACUAUCGGAUUCUGUCACCAUGAAUCUAGACGAACAUCUCAAAUUAAUCAAGGGUCUGGUGAAGGAGACCAAUCAAAAAGUUGGCCAGAUUGAUGAUGACGGAGAUCAGACUAAGUCUAAGCCACAGAAGGAAAAUCCUGCAGUAGUCAAGGCUGACCAGCAAGACGACGAGCUGGUUUGCAGCGUGAAGCGCUGUAGUAUGGCAUCUUGGUCAAAAGAACAGCCUAAACCUGAACAUGUUAUUGCCGCCCAUUAUAUUUCCCCAGUCAUGAUCAAUACUACAAGCGAAGUAAGGGGAGCGGGGAAGGGUAAUACUGACCGUCAAGAGCGACCUCAGAGGGUAGAACUGGCCUCUGAUGUUUUAAUUCACGAACUAGAGGAUAUUGCGGGCAUUGACCUCGAAACGCAAGCAUCUGUACUAUUCGCGCCUCCCUACAAACUGUUCAUUAAAUACUACGAUGGCAUAUGCGAAAGGCUCUUGUUUCUCCAGAACAAUAUACCAUCAGAAUGUAAGAAGUGUGACGCUCCCUGUGAAAAAGCAUUUCCGGUACCACUGGAAGCACGGACGCCCACUUUGGCUACAAGCAUAGCAAAGUCAGCCGAUGACGCAAAAAGGCCAGAGAAACGAUCAAGUUCGGAAGGCGAGCCACCUGGGAGCAAAAAUGAUAAAUCAAGCGACAUAAAUGACGACGCAUCGAUGAAGCGCAAGGAAUGGAUAACUCGUAUGGACCAUCUGAGACUUCUCAAGGAAUUUAUCGAUAGCGAAUUGGCACCACAACUCAAGGUCUUUGCCAAGGCCAAUACUAGUGAUCUUGAAAAGAUUGCUUUCGAGGACUUAUAUUUCCUUUUCUCUGCGGGUGAUGUAGUCUUCUUCAAAGAUAGAGGCUAUGAUCGACUAGGCAGAGUAUAUGCAGUAACUGGGGGGCAGCAGCGGAAGCAGCGAGAUUCAACGCGCUUCGAUCCCUUUCGUGACGCCAAAGACAAGUCUACUGAAGGGUACGCCUACAACUCGACACGAGGGUCCUGGAACUCACUAACCGUCAACUACUACACAAUGGAAUAUGAUGGCUACUAUCUCGGUCCCAGUGAUGCAUGCAAACACAUUAGGCAUUAUACUGGAGAACGAAACAUCACCGACCUCCCCAUCUUUCCACUCAGGUUCCACAAGAUGAAAGUCGAGAUAGAGAGACGUCUCAUGGAAAGGGGCAAGAGGUACUGCUCUUCAUAUGGACACAAGAGCUACAGUGGUACUACUUGCCCCAGUGACAACAAGGAAUCCCCAGAGGAGAUAUUUGGCGACAUGUUCGUAGACUUCAAAGACUACUACCGCAUGCCCCCAGGUUGGACUCCCUACGACUAUCGGUCCAGAACUAGGCACCCACCUUCAAGACCCGAGUUAGGUAAUAUACGCCCCCUAGAGUCAGAUCCCUCUGAGACUCAGGAAACUGUUUCUGAUGAUACACAAUACCAUCUGUACGACAAAGAGGUGGACGACAAAUCGUUCGACGAUUUCAUGAUGUCUCAUCUGAAUGAGCUUGAGGUUGUUAAGCUUGAAACAGAUCAAGUACCAGUAAAAAGUUUGUUACUACUCCCUCAUUGGGUCCCUGCGUACUUCUUUCGCACUCGUCGCUAUGAACGCGUUGAUGUAGACAAGAUACAAGAUAUUGACAAGAGUGAUGAAGCAAGGGACAGCAGCUUUGAGGACCUGGUGAUUCUGGAUAGCCAUCGGAGCCUUUUGCUGGGUCUCGUCAGAAACCUUGUAGUGGGAUCGAAUUCAGAUACCGGACCCUCAGGUGUCGGGGACGGUUCAACUCAAAUCGAUAUCGUUCGGGGCAAAGGGCGUGGCCUGAUCAUUCUCUUACAUGGGCCACCGGGAUCUGGAAAGACAAGCACCGCUGAGACACUCGCAGCAUAUAGUAGACGACCACUCUAUCCAAUCACAUGCGGAGACCUUGGCACUAGCCCUGAUGCUGUGGAAAGGACUCUGGUGGAACAUACAGAGAGGGCUCAACGAUGGGGCUGUGUCUUGCUUUUGGACGAAGCAGACGUUUUCCUAAGUCGUAGGGACUGGCGAGACACCAACCACAAUGCUUUAGUAUCUGUUUUCCUCCGCCAGCUAGAGUACUAUUCGGGAAUCUUGUUCCUGACCACAAACAAAGUCGGUGUUAUUGACGAAGCAUUCAAAUCCCGUAUUCAUGUGUCCUUGGCAUAUCCAAACAUUAAAUUGCAAGAGACAUUACAUAUAUGGGAGGGUAUUCUAAACCGACUUGAAAAGGACAAUCAAACUGCAAGAAUCAGAGUCAAAUUCGAUAGAAGCGCUCUUCUUUCUUUUGCCAAGAGACAUUACAAGUGUCACGAAAGUACAAGCAGUACCUGGAAUGGCCGACAAAUUCGCAAUGCGUUCCAACUGGCGAUUUCUUUGGGGCAUCACGAUCGGGACCAGAAGCUGCGAGCUGCAAACUUGACCGAUGAACAGGCCAUAGCAAGUGGUGGUAAAAAGUGGACAUCAGUGAGGCUGACCACCGCCAAUUUUGACAACAUUGCAACAACGGCGAGAGAGUUUGAAGACUAUCUCCAAAACACUAGGGGGCAUGACAGUGAAAUAGCAAAGAAUUUGUCUUUGCGGCACGACGAUGACACCGAAGAUACCCCGACGUCAUCACAGUUCAAUCGAAUGCAGAAGGGCUACAAAGAACAGAGUAGAGCUUACUUAUCGCCCAGGCAUAGCAGCCAUGAGAGAGGUGCAUCGAGGUCAAGUCAUGGCUAUACCUCUGGCCGGCCACGUCUAGGCGGGCAGCACGAGAGUACUGCGGAGUCAAGUCGACGAAUACGGAAUCAGGAAAUCGCAGAUGAGCAGGAUAGAAACGACCAAGACGAGGAGCAUGAAGCUGAUAUCAUUGAUGAUAUUUCCUCUGACGAGGAUUAG